CAGGGACUUUUCAGCAAUUCAUCUGAAAGCAUGCUACAAAUACCCUGAACCAGAAGACGAAGCUGCUGAUAAGUGAUAACGUCGUUAACAGAAUCCUUACCAGUUCUCAAAUAAUCAUAUCUUAAUCGGAGCAACAAGAUGGCCGGAAUAGUUGUAUUUUUACCGAAGGAGUACGGCUAUAUCAUUCUCACCAUUAUCGCCUACUGCUUCGUCAACCUGUAUAUGCAGCUUCAAGUCAACAAAGCUCGAAAGAAGUAUCAUGUGUCAUACCCAACACUCUACGCCACUGAAGCUGAUACCAAAGAUUACAAACUAUUCAACUGUAUUCAGAGAGGGCAUCAGAAUUCGCUCGAAUCCCUUCCGAUCUUUUUUGUUUUGAUGGUUUUGGGAGGGUUUAAACACCCAGUUAUAUGUUCGUGUUUGGGAUUAGCAUACACAGUUACUCGGUUUUUCUAUUUCAAGGGUUACUCCUCCGGUGAUCCUAAGGGGCGUCUCCCGAUUGGGGGAUUCAACGGUAUUGCAUUACUGGGGCUUGUAAUACUCAAUAUUACGUUCGGCAUAAGUCUUCUCACGGCAUAAAUCACAAGAAUCAUGAAGAAUCAAGAAAGAAAGCAGAUUCUUUGGGGGACCCAUUGUUUUUCGUGGUAUUUGGUUAGAGGAAGAAGCAGUUUCAUUUUGUACUGUUGAUGAGAAAAAAAAAAUGA